AUGGGCCUCAAUAUAAGCGAAACUGAGGAUGCGAUCCAAGCAGCCUUUCUUCUUCCUGCGCCCUUGUUCAUUAUCUAUUCCAAAUUGACAACGUUUGUUGAUGUGAAGGACCUCAAAGCCCGAAUGAAUGUCCGGAUUGUUGGGGAUCUGGAACUAGCGCGAUCGAUCAAUGCAACAACAGCAUCUAAUUUUGAAGACUUUGAUGCAGAUUCUUCAGAAUCCGGGGAUCAAGAAGGGCCUGGAGGCAAACGAAAAUGUCGUCGAAAGUCAAAGCAUGCUACCAUUGGGGAAGAAGAAAGGCCACAACCUAGAACCGACUCACCCCAUCCCCUUUCUGUGGUUGUGUGUGUCACCUCUAGGCCCGAUGAGAGGUGGCCCAACCUCCAUUUGACGCUGACCUUUGUCUGGCUGAUGCGCGCGAAGCUUGUGACUGUAAAGGAGGAAGUUCAGGAACUUGAGAAGCUCUAUGCUCUCUCACAGACCGGGAGGGAUCUUUUAUCCUCCGAAAAACUGCUCAUCAACCUGAACUGCACGGGAGCAUCUUGUGAAGGCGGGGAACCGGCAUUCCUGACGUCCGGUGGGGACCGGACUCAGUUAACCGCCUGGGGCCGGCCCUACGGAUGGGCACAGCAGUUGUCGGGCGUGCAGUGCCUGCCCUGCGUCGAUUCCGCCUGCGGUUACGCGGCACCCGCCUCUCCAUCGUCGUCUUCGUCGUCGUCUCCUGCACCGCCCUUCGGUUUUAUUGAUUCGUGGUUUUCGGCGCUGUGUCGGCGUGUGGAAACUCGGAUGUCACUCAAUUCUGAGCUAUGUGCUAUCGAAGAUGGUGUACUCCAUCUGUCGGAGAACCAAAAGCCUUUUUUCCCCAUCAGUGAGGACAUCGGUUUGAGCACAUGGGACCGCGUCACCUUCGAUGAUAUAAAAGUAGGCCCUGUGGGUCUCGCGCCUGGUAGCCUUAUUAAAGUGGAGCCAUCAUCAACUGUCCAAAAGUAG